AUGAAAAUUUAUACAAAAACUGGAGACAAGGGAACAACAUCACUCUACUCGGGAGAACGUAGAACAAAGGAUGAUUUGGUAUUUGAUGCUUUGGGAUCAGUCGAUGAACUGAAUGCUAAUCUUGGACUUGCCUAUGAACAUUUAUUGCAAAUUAAAUUGUGUGAUGAAUUGGGAGAAACUGAUAUGAACAAUAUUGAAUUGUUAAAAUCGAGUUUGACAUCUGUUCAGAGUAGAUUGUUGGAUUUAGGAUCUUGCAUUGCCACUCCUAUUGAAACAACUACUUCCGAAGAUAAGAUUAAUCGAGUCAAGUUUGAUAAUUCGAAUAUUGAAAAGGUAGAAAAUUGGAUUGACACACUGGAUGGAUCUUUACCACCUUUGAAAAAUUUCAUAUUGCCUGGUGGUGGAUUGACUGCUUCUCAAUUGCAUGUAGCUCGUACUGUUUGUUUGGAAGAUGUACAGAAAUAUUUGAAUCGUUUGAGUGACUUUUUGUUUGUUGCUGCUCGUUAUGCUUCAAAGAUUGAGGGUAAGGAAGAAGUUGUAUAUAAAAAAUAG